UAAAAUUGGCUUUUCUUGAGCUCCCUUCUUCUUUGGUGGCAUUUUAAUUGAUUGUAUCUAAUCUUGAUUUAUAAAAGGGAUUUCAUCAAUUAGAUCGAUCAUCUUCGAAUAAAUUUUUUUUUCUAUGUGUUCAAAGUUGAAAAAAAAAAAUAUAAGAGAGACAUUUUGAUUUUCAGAUUUUUAAAUGUCGUGUGGGGACAUUUUCAAAAUUUAUUUUUCAAAACUUUUUCAUUCCAACAGAUUACACCUAUUUACAUCAAGCUUAAGGUCAUAUCAUAUCAAUUAACUCUAUAUCGACAAUGUUCAAGUUAAGUUAUAAUCAAAUAACUAGAACUGUUUCUAGAUCCAUAACAACUUCAUCUAUAUUAAGAAACGCCACUGCCGCCACUGCCGCCACUGCCACCACUACUAUACCUAAAUCAUCCUGUCCAGCAGGAACAGUCUUGAAUUUAAAAGUUAGAAAGAAUGGUGAUGAACCAGUUGCAUUAGAAGACUCUGAAUAUCCAGAAUGGUUAUGGGGAAUGCUAGAUAAAGCCCAAGUUGAUGAAACUUUAAAGAAAACUGAUAUCAUGAAAUGGAGAAGAAAACAAUUAAGAAAAGCUAAUACUAAUACCAUCAAGAAUAAUAAUUUCUUAACUCAAAUGUAAGAGCUUAUUAUAUUGUCAUGUCCUUUUAGAUUCUGUAAAUAGUCUACCAACCUUGUAUAUCAUUUAACGUCAUUUAUUACAAAUUAAAUUAG